AUGUCUGUGGAUCCCUUCAACAAAGAUUGUCCAGAUUAUGAAAAGCCAUACAGACAAACGCAGAGAGCUCAGCUAUUGCUGACGCAGAUAUCUUUCAAACAUGAACAGCCACUUAUUUGGCAUGCUGCGCACACUCUAUUCACCCAGUUUGCAGACACAAAGGAAGCCAAAGACAUCUGUUAUCGCUACAUGAAGACCAGAGAUACGUCAGGGCUUGCAGGCAUUUUCAAGACGGAAAAUUGGGCUCCCAAGAUGAACUUCCACAUUCAUCCAUUUUUGCAUGAGAAAGAAGCAAAAGGGGACGGGAACAGUGUCAUACAUGUACAUCUCUCCGAGCAAGAAGGAUCCAGACUUGCCUGCACCUGCAAAUCUGGACGAGCUAUCACUUUCUUUCCUAAACAAUAUUCCCAAAAGCCAUUUGGCAAUCAAAUUCUCACAAGUAUGGUUAUUGCGCCAGGCAUGUCUAUAGGUGAUAUUGGGACAAGUAUAUCAGUGACUGCAACACACGAGACCACGCAUGCAUUUCUGAAAAGCGAGGACCACAAGCUUGCUCUCCAGCAUUGCCCUGUUCACUAUCAGCAACGCUUUCCAUGGGAAAGCGAAAUCAGGGUCUACGGGGAUGAGCUAUGCGUUGCGCUCGCUCGAUCCCCAGAUAGGUACAAGGUGUCCACAAAUGCCGAAACCCUCACGUACAUCCUCCUUGCCGCAGUUCUGACGCUUAUGCACGAAGAUCUUGACUUCAGCACUGAAAUAGUCACUAAACGCGACAAGCCACUGGCAUACAUCAAGGAAUGGAGGGAGAGGACUGGAUUUGGCUGGAAAGGACCCAAGACGUACUUGCAGGGAAUGCCAGAUGGGUACGGCUACGCAGAAUUUGGGAUGGGUGGUUGA